GUUCACUAGUUUUAGUUUACUCAAUAAUGUCAUUUAAAUAAAUUCUCCGUUACCACUUUCGUUAUAUAUUUAUUUUUAUUUCUUUAAUCACUAUCCCAAUUAAUUGUUUGACAAAGCUUGCAACAACUCGUACUAACCGGUGACCGAUAUUGAAACCAACACUUCCCUCCGCCACUCCUCAGAGACACGAUACUCGGGGAAAAACCGAAAGGUUAGACUCCGUUUUACUACAACGCCGCGAAAGCGGUUAUCAAAUGGUGUCGUUGCCGGGGAGUGGCACGGUUGUAAGUUGGUUUUUAUUAUUGGCAUAGGCGAACCCGAGUUACUGAGACUUUCUCCUUUUUUGUGUGGUUGCUUUCUCAAGUUUGCAGGAGCAGCAUCUAUUUUCUCCAUCCUCUGUUUUGUGAGGGCUUGAACAAAAAAAAUAUCAUCAGGAUGAGAAAAAGGCAAACAAUGCUUGAAGCCUUAACCGUGGACUUUUCUGAGGAUGAUAGCAUCACCAUUCCGCCAAUCGAUGCCACUGAUUUUGAGAUUAAUCCAUAUAUCAUCCAAGUGAUAUCGAUUAAUCAAUUUGGCAAUUUGAAACAUGAAGAUCCGAGGGUGCAUAUGUUGUGGUUUAAUAGAACGUGUCAAACUUUCCGGAUCAGUGGAGUUCCAAUUGACACUGUGAAGCUUAUCUUAUUCCCAUUCUCUCUUCGGGAUAAAGAUGUUCGGUGGUUAAAUUCUUUUCCACUUGGUUACUUCACCACCUGGAAUGCUCUUCAUCAGGCGUUUAUGCAUGAGUAUUUUCCUCCAUCGACGGUUGCAAAAAUCAGAGCAUCAAUUAAAAAUUUCCGACAGGCCCCGAUGGAAACACUAAGUGAGGCUUGGGAUCAAUACAAAGUCUUACGGAGAAAGUGUGCUGCACAGUUGAUGGAUGCUUAUGACUUGAUGUUCUAUUUCUACUAUGGGCUUCAAGUUGUAAGUAAAAAAGAGUUGGACCAUUAUUCAAAGAUGGGUUCGUUUCUCGACAUGACACCGAAGGAGAGUGAAACGCUCAUGGAGAAUGUGAUCUCAAGUGCUAAGAACUGGUACUAUGAGACAGAAUCUUCUUCCGAGACUACACUUCAAGGCACCGAUCAAAUUUCAGCCCUCACAACAAUAAUUGACAACCUGGCAACUCAAGUGAAGAAUCUCAAAUCACAAUCAAGUCAGGUAAAUAAGCUAAGUCAUUUCAUGGAAGUUCAGGAAAGUUUGGUGGAUGCUAGUACCGAAGCACCCACAAUUGAUGAAGAAUCCAUAGACCAGGGGUGGAUAUCCACGGAAAAGCAAAACUUAACGGUGCUGCAAAAUGAGAUAUUUGAUGAAGAUGAAGAGAUCUUUGAACCAAUUUCAGAAAAUGUUGAUGCGGAAGACAUUUCAUGCGAAAGUGAUGUUGAAAAUGGUGAACUUUUGAAACCAUAUCUUGCCGAAUUUGAUGAGGCAUCUCACCCGGAGGAGGAAUUUGAGAUAAUCGUGAUUGCAUCAUGUGAAGAAUUGAAGAAGAAAACUCCUGAGUUAAUCAAUGAAAUUGAGGAUCUCCUGAAUCUACUUUUGGAGACUUUGGAUGUGCAAGUUGACCAAGAAAAUUCUGCACAGAAUGAGAAAGAAACACGUGUGGAGGAGGUCCUUGACUUGCUCCUUGAUGUACUUGAUACUAGUACAAGGCUUAAAACUGUCCAGAUUGAGGAGGAGGAUCUGGAGAAUGAGGAUGACUUUCCUUAUUUUAUUUUACAACCUGAAAAUGAGAAAGAUGCACAAGCCUUUGUUCUUGCUUGUGAGGUUUUUGUGAAACAAUGGUGGUACAUCAAAAGAGUUCUGAGGGCCAAGCUGUAUGAUCCGAGAGUUGGAAGAUCAAGAAAAAAGUGGAUAAAAGUGUCAAGCUAAUGACGUUAAAGAAGCGCUUCUGGGAGGCAACCCAAGUGUUAAAAAAGGAGGUUAAAAAAAACUCAUAAAAAAGUAAAAAAAAAAGAAAACUAAAAAAUGCAAAAAAAAAAAAGAAAAACUAAAAACAAUAAAAAACUGCAUAAAAACAGUAGCAUAACAAUUUUCUUUUGUUUUGUUUUUCCCUUUUGUUGUGUGUUUUGUUUUAAUUCACCAUUAUAUUUUGUUUUCUUUAGUUUUUUUUCAGGUUAAUCACUGGAGUUCCCCGAUCGAAUUAAAUUUUGAUUUGUGCUUGUUCUUUCAAAUCUUCUUCAAUGUUGAGCACAAGGGGAGUACUUCUUACUUUUUUCUAUCAAUUUUCGCCCUCCAUGUGUGUUUAUUUGUGAUUCAUCUUAAGUGUGAGGAGGGUAUGUUUGAAAAAAAAUGUUUAUUUUCCCUGUUUUAUUUUGAUUUUAUUUGAGACCUCAAGGACGAUGUCAGUUCUCCAAGUGUGAAGAGGGUUUAGAACAAAGCAAGGGAUUGAACUCGUGUGCAUGACAAGAGACUCAGGUGAACUAAGUUAAGAUCAGUAAUAAGUUAAGGUGUAAUCUAGUUUAACUAUUUUUUUUAUGAAAGUUUUGUUAUAACUAAUCUUUUUAUUACCAUUAUACUCCCUCAGUCCCAAUUUGAUUUGAAAAUUUCCUAUUUUGGUUGUCCCAAAAGUGUUUUCCACUUUCUAUUUUAGAUAUGUAAAUAAGAAUAAAAUGAGAAAUUUACCCUUACUUUUACUUUUUUUCCAUUAACUUAAAGACAUCUACUUUUAGGAAGAUGGGCAAAAGUGUAAAAAGAAAACAUCAUUUAUUGUUCUGCCUUAAUCCUUGUGCCAGUCAAAGUUUGCAAUUCAAUUCGGGACGGAGGAAGUACUUUUUUACAAAAAAAAAUCUUUAAAUAUUAGUAGAUAUGCUUGAUUUCUACUUUGAAGUUGUGUGCACAAGUUUGGGUUUUUGGUUUGAAUGGUUGUUCGGUCUUACUUUCUUUUCAUGGAUAUAUAUAAUGCUCCUUGGUUAGCUUAAAAUUUAAAUUCUUUGGAUUAGGGAGAAUUCUAUCCUCGAAUGAGGCUCUGCUUUUAGCAUUUGAUAGAAUAUCUUUCGCUAUUCUGGUUGUACUUGAUUAUUGAUUUGAGAAGUGUCUUCGUUGGGAGUCUCAUCUCCGAGAAGGGGCGCUUCUCUUCUCAUUAUCGUAUUCUGCGAGAGUUGAGUAUAUUUUAUAUAUUUUAUGAGAUAGCCCCACAAAUCAAUGAUUCAGUUCGACCAUGAAAUUCAUACCAACUUGGCUUGUUUAUAGCUCCCCCAAGAUCAUCCAAAAAAAAGAUCAUUCUCAAAAAAAAAAAUAGCUAGGGGAGCUAAAACUAUUUUUAGAACUGGAGCUUUUGUGUAUUUCAUGACUAGUUAAGGAUGAUUGAGGGUUUCUGAAUGUAAAUGUUGACUUGUGCUCAUAACUAAUUAGUAGCAAUUUUUGCAUAUAUGCUAGUAUUAAAGGAUUUUUUUCAUUAGUAUGUUGUGUCAUAAAAGUUGAGUUCUAACUGUGCUUUCAUGGAAAUAUAGUUAGGUAGAUUGGAAUCUUAGUCUAUGAAUGAUUGAAUGUAAGUGAUCUUGAGUCUUUGAGUUGUGCACCCCAAACAAUUUGCCUUGAAAAUAUAUUGGGGUCUUAUUUGUUGCUUGAGGGCAAGCAACGCUUAAGUGUGAGGAGAUUGAUAAGUCCGAUUUGUUCAUAUAUUUUACCUCACUUUUUAUAGCGUUUCUUGUUAAACUUGGGGCAAAUUGUUACAUUUUUAUGCGUUUUUGUUGCAUUUUUGUUAAUGUUUGAAAUUAGUGUUGAAAUUUACAUUUUUGAGUGAUUUGUGUUUAAUUCAAGUGUUUGGAUUGAUUUUAUGUUUUUUUUCUUCUUAUUUGUGAAAUUUCAGCAUUCUAUUAUAUUUCAAUAAGACAUCUAAUGGUACAAUAAAUAAAUGAAUUAAUGAAAAACAAACAAAAAAAUGAUAAAACCCAAAAAAAUGCAACAAGGCUGCGUUACAAAAAAAAACCCAAGCAAAUAAAAGAAAACAAAAAUAAAGAGAAGGAAGAAAAACAAAAAAAUACAAAAGAGAUAAGAGGGAGUAGUCGGCCAAAAAAAAAUAUGAGAAGGGUGGGGAGUCCCAUCUUUGGACCAAGGGAGAAGAGAUAGCAAAGGGCAGCUGGUUGUCUAAUUAAUAGCCAAAGAAAAAUUAGGAAGGCACUUCCUACUUGGCUACUUGUCGGCAGUAGGAAAGCAAAGAAUUCAGCCGCACAAACCAUUUACACUCUCAGGCCGCAGGGCAAAGGCAGAAUUCAGCGGCAAGUAGUUCUUGGCCAGAGAAAAAAUAGGCAGGCAUGGUAUAGGCGAGCAGCAGGUCGAAGAAAGCUUAGCAGGAAGAAGAACAUAACAACGGCAACAAUUCCGGUUUCAUCUUUCCCUUUCAAACUUCAAUAAGCUUUAAGCUUUAAUUCCUGUAUUAAUUCAUACUUCGAAUUUCUGUUUACUUGGAUAAUUGAGUUGUGAAUGAUGUUUAUUUACUGUAUAAUUUCAUCUACAAAUUACUCUAGCUGUUUUAUUAAUAGUGUUAGUUUCAUGAUAAUUAUGUUAGGCUAAAUUUCAAUGGGGUUUAGAUUUGGAUAGAAUUUAGGUUAAUGUGUGUUCUUAAAUAUUGAAUUAAAUUUAGGAACUUUCUCCAGUUUUUAGGACUAGUUGUUUGAGAUGAAAUUGAAAGAGUAAUUUGUGAAAUUGAUCACUUUACUUGCGAAUUUUUGGAAGAUUAAUUCUUUCUUGUCUAUGAGUUUGGAAUUAAUUUAGCUCACAUCUCAUACACCCUAAACUAAGUCUACAAAUAGAACAUGUUAGGGGAAUUAAAAUUAAAUUCUUGUCUAUGAGAAUUAAUGUCACUAUUCUUAAUUAGAUUGGAGAAAUUAUCCCAUUUUUAUUCAUAACCAAUGACACUCAAGAUCCUUAAAUCCAAAUCUAAACCCCACUUUUAAUUAGUUAAUUUUUGGUUACUAGUCACAUUGAAUUUACCUUUUAGUAUUUUAUUUUCGAAACAUUCCUCUACUACAUGUUUGCUAGUUUAAUAUUUUAAUUAGUUAAAUUUCUCUCUCAAUUUAUUUUGCAUGUUCACUAGUUUUAGUUUACUCAAUAAUGUCAUUUAAAUAAAUUCUCCGUUACCACUUUCGUUAUAUAUUUAUUUUUAUUUCUUUAAUCACUAUCCCAAUUAAUUGUUUGACAAAGCUUGCAACAACUCGUACUAACCGGUGACCAAUAUUGAAACCAACACUUCCCUCCGCCACUCCUCAGAGACACGAUACUCGAGGAAAAAUCGAAAGGUUAGACUCCGUUUUACUACAACGCCGCGAAAGCGGUUAUCAAAUGGCGCCGUUGCCGGGGAGUGGCACGGUUGUAAGUUGGUUUUUAUUAUUGACAUAGGCGAACCCGAGUUAGUGAGACUUUCUCCUUUUUUUUGUGUGUGGUUGCUUUCUCAAGUUUGCAGGAGCAGCAUCUAUUUUCUCCAUCCUCUGUUUUUGUGAGGGCUUGAACAAAAAAAAAUCAUGAGGAUGAGAAAAAGGCAAACAGUGCUUGAAGCCUUAACCGUGGACUUUUCUGAGGAUGAUAGCAUCACCAUUCCGCCAAUCGAUGCCACUGAUUUUGAGAUUAAUCCAUAUAUCAUCCAAGUGAUAUCGAUUAAUCAAUUUGGCAAUUUGAAACAUGAAGAUCCAAGGGUGCAUAUGUUGUGGUUUAAAAGAACGUGUCAAACUUUCCGGAUCAGUGGAGUUCCAAUUGACACUGUGAAGCUUAUCUUAUUCCCAUUCUCUUCGGGAUAAAGCUGUUCGGUGGUUAAAUUCUUUUCCACUUGGUUACUUCACCACCUGGAAUGCUCUUCAUCAGGCAUUUAUGCAUGAGUAUUUUCCUCCAUCGACGGUUGCAAAAAUCAGAGCAUCAAUUCAAAAUUUCCGACAUGCCCCGAUGGAAACACUAAGUGAGGCUUGGGAUCGUUACAAAGUCUUACGGAGAAAGUGUGCUGCACAGUUGAUGGAUGCUUAUGACUUGAUGUUCUAUUUCUACUAUGGGCUUCAAGUAGUAAGUAAAAAAGAGUUGGACCAUUAUUCAAAGAUGGGUUCGUUUCUCGACAUGACACCGAAGGAGAGUGAAACGCUCAUGGAGAAUGUGAUCUCAAGUGCUAAGAACUGGUACUAUGAGACAGAAUCUUCUUCCGAGACUACACUUCAAGGCACCGAUCAAAUUUCAGCCCUCACAUCAAUAAUUGACAACCUGGCAACUCAAGUGAAGAAUCUCAAAUCACAAUCAAGUCAGGUAAAUAAGCUAAGUCAUUUCAUGGAAGUUCAGGAAAGUUUGGUGGAUGCUAGUACUGAAGCACCCACAAUUGAUGAAGAAUCCAUAGACCAGGGGUGGAUAUUCACGGAAAAGCAAAACUUAACGGUGCUGCAAAAUGAGAUAUUUGAUGAAGAUGAAGAGAUCUUUGAACCAAUUUCAGAAAGUGUUGAUGCGGAAGACAUUUCAUGCGAAAUUGAUGUUGAAAAUGGUGAACUUUUGAAACCAUAUCUUGCCGAAUUUGAUGAGGCAUCUCACCCAGAGGAGGAAUUUGAGAUAAUCGUGAUUGCAUCAUGUGAAGAAUUGAAGAAGAAAACUCCUGAGUUAAUCAAUGAAAUUGAGGAUCUCCUGAAUCUACUUUUGGAGACUUUGGAUGUGCAAGUUGACCAAGAAAGUUCUGCACAGAAUGAGAAAGAAACACGUGUGGAGGAGGUCCUUGACUUGCUCCUUGAUGUACUUGAUACUAGUACAAGGCACAAAACUGUCCAGAUUGAGGAGGAGGAUCUGGAGAAUGAGGAUGACUUUCCUUAUUUUAUUUUACAACCUGAAAAUGAGAAAGAUGCACAAGCCUUUGUUCUUGCUUGUGAGGUUUUUGUGAAACAAUGGUGGUACAUCAGAGGAGUUCUGAGGGCGAAGCUGUAUGAUCCGAGAGUUGGAAGAUCAAGAAAAAGUGGAUAAAAGCGUCAAGCUAAUGACGUUAAAGAAGCGCUUCUGGGAGGCAACCCAAGUGUUAAAAAAGGAGGUUAAAAAAACUCAAAAAAAAAGUAAAAAAAAAAAAGAAAACUAAAAAAUGCAACAAAAAAAAAACUAAAAACAAUAAAAAACUGCAUAAAAAACAGUAGCAUAACAAUUUUCUUUUGUUUUGUUUUUCCCUUUUGUUGUGUGUUUUUUUUUAAUUCACCAUUAUAUUUUGUUUUCUUUAGUUUUUUUUUCAGGUUAAUCACUGGAGUUCCCCGAUCGAAUUAAAUUUUGAUUUGUGCUUGUUCUUUCAAAUCUUCUUCAAUGGUGAGCACAAGGGGAGUACUUCUUACUUUUUUCUAUCAAUUUUCGCCCUCCAUGUGUGUUUAUUUGUGAUUCAUCUUAAAUGUGAGGAGGGUAUGUUUGAAAAAAAAUGUUUAUUUGCCCUGUUUUAUUUUGAUUUUAUUUGAGACCUCAAGGACGAGGUCAGUUCUCCAAGUGUGAAGAGGGUUUAGAACAAAGCAAGAGAUUGAACUCGUGUGCAUGACAAGAGGCUCAGGUGAACUAAGUUAAGAUCAGUAAUAAGUUAAGGUGUAAUCUAGUUUAACUAUUUUUUUUAUGAAAGUUUUGUUAUAACUAAUCUUUUUAUUACCAUUAUACUUUUUUUUAAAAAAAAUCUUUAAAUAUUAGUAGAUAUGCUUGAUUUCUACUUUGAAGUUGUGUGCACAAGUUUGGGUUUUUGGUUUGAAUGGUUGUUCGGUCUUACUUUCUUUUCAUGGAUAUAUAUAAUGCUCCUUGGUUAGCUUAAAAUUUAAAUUCUUUGGAUUAGGAGAAUUCUAUCCUCGAAUGAGGCUCUGCUUUUAGCAUUUGAUAGAAUAUCUUUCGCUAUUCUGGUUGUACUUGAUUAUUGAUUUGAGAAGUGUCUUCAUUGGGAGUCUCAUCUCCGAGAAGGGGUGCUGCUCUUCUCAUUAUCGUAUUCUACGAGAGUUGAGUAUAUUUUAUAUAUUUUAUGAGAUAGCCCCACAAAUCAAUGAUUCAGUCCGACCAUGAAAUUCAUGCCAACUUGGCUUGUUUAUAGCUCCCCCAAGAUCAUCCAAAAAAAAGAUCAUUCUCAAAAAAAAAAUAGCUAGGGGAGCUAAAACUAUUUUUAGAACUGGAGCUUUUGUGUAUUUCAUGACUAGUUAAGGAUGAUUGAGGGUUUCUGAAUGUAAAUGUUGACUUGUGCUCAUAACUAAUUAGUAGCAAUUUUUGCAUAUAUGCUAGUAUUAAAGGAUUUUUUUCAUUAGUAUGUUGUGUCAUAAAAGUUGAGUUCUAACUGUGCUUUCAUGGAAAUAUAGUUAGGUAGAUUGGAAUCUUAGUCUAUGAAUGGUUGAAUGUAAGUGAUCUUGAGUCUUUGAGUUGUGCACCCUAAACAAUUUGCCUUGAAAAUAUGUUGGGGUCUUAUUUGUUGCUUGAGGGCAAACAACGCUUAAGUGUGAGGAGAUUGAUAAGUCCGAUUUGUUCAUAUAUUUUACCUCACUUUUUAUAGCGUUUCUUGUUAAACUUGGGGCAAAUUGUUACAUUUUUCUGCGUUUUUGUUGCAUUUUUGAUAAUGUUUAAAAUUAGUGUUGAAAUUUACAUUUUUGAGUGAUUUGUGUUUAAUUCAAGUGUUUGGAUUGAUUUUAUGUUUUUUUUCUUCUUAUUUGUGAAAUUUCAGCAUUCUAUAAUAUUUCAAUAAGACAUCUAAUGGUACAAUAAAUAAAUGAAUUAAUGAAAAACAAACAAAAAAAUGAUAAAACCCAAAAAAAUGCAGCAAGGCUGCGUUACAAAAAUAAAACCCAAGCAAAUAAAAGAAAACAAAAAUAAAGAGAAGGAAGAAAAACAAAAAAAAAACACAAAAGAGAUAAGAGGGAGUAGUCGGCCAAAAAAAAACAUGAGAAGGGUGGGGAGUCCCAUCUUUGGACCAAGGGAGAAGAGAUGACAAAGGGCAGCUGGUUGUCUAAUUAAUAGCCAAAGAAAAAUUAGGAAGGUACUUCCUACUUGGCUACUUGUCGGCAGUAGGAAAGCAAAGAAUUCAGCCGCACAAACCAUUUACACUCUCAGGCCGCAGAGCAAAGGCAGAAUUCAGCGGCAAGUAGUUCUUGGCCAGAGAAAAAAUAGGCAGGCAUGGUAUAGGCGAGCAGCAGGUCGAAGAAAGCUUAGCAGGAAGAAGAACAUAACAACAUCAACAAUUCCGGUUUCAUCUUUCCCUUUCACACUUCAAUAAGAUUUAAGCUUUAAUUCCUGUAUUAAUUCAUACUCCGAAUUUCUGUUUACUUGGAUAAUUGAGUUGUGAAUGAUGUUUAUUUACUGUUUAAUUUCAUCUACAAAUUACUCUAGCUGUUUUAUUAAUAGUGUUAGUUUCAUGAUAAUUAUGUUAGGCUAAAUUUCCAUGGGGUUUAGAUUUGGAUAGAAUUUAGGUUAAUGGGUGUUCUUAAAUAUUGAAUUAAAUUUAGGAACUUUCUCCAGUUUCUAGGACUAGUUGUUUGAGAUGAAAUUGAAAGAGUAAUUUGUGAAAUUGAUCACUUCACUUGCGAAUUUUUGGAAGAUUAAUUCUUUCUUGUCUAUGAGUUUGGAAUUAAUUUAGCUCACAUCUCAUACACCCUAAACUAAGUCUACAAAUAGAACAUGUUAGGGGAAUUAAAAUUAAAUUCUUGUCUAUGAGAAUUAAUGUCACUAUUCUUAAUUAGAUUGGAGAAAUUAUCCCAUUUUUAUUCAUAACCAAUGACACUCAAGAUCCUUAAAUCCAAAUCUAAACCCCACUUUUAAUUAGUUAAUUUUUGGUUACUAAUCACAUUGAAUUUACCUUUUAGUAUUUUAUUUUCGUAACAUUCCUCUACUACAUGUUUGCUAGUUUAAUAUUUUAAUUAGUUAAAUUUGUCUCUCAAUUUAUUUUGCAUGUUCACUAGUUUUAGUUUACUCAAUAAUGUCAUUUAAUUAAAUUCUCCGUUACCACUUUCGUUAUAUAUUUAUUUUUAUUUCUUUAAUCACUAUCCCAAUUAAUUGUUUGACAAAGCUUGCAACAACUCGUACUAACCGGUGACCGAUAUUGAAACCAACACUCCCCUCCGCCACUCCUCAGAGACACGAUACUCGGGGAAAAUCGAAAGGUUAGACUCCGUUUUACUACAACACCGCGAAAUCGGUUAUCAUUGCUCCACAUAGACCUCCUCUUCUAGUAGACCAUUUAGGAAAGCACUUUUCACAUCCAUUUGAUAGACUGUGAAUUGCUUAUGAGCAGCAUAAGCCAAGAAUAUUCUUAUUGCCUCCAAUCUGGCAACAGGAGCAAAUGUCUCAUCAAAAUCUAUACCUUCUUCUUGGCAGUAGCCUUUGGCUACUAGCCUUGCCUUGUUUUUGAUAAUGGUGCCUUCCUCAUCCAUUUUUAUUUUGAAUACCCAUUUAGUUCCUAUCACAUGUUGAUGAUAGGGUCUGGACACAAGCUCACAUACAUUGUUUCUCUCAAAUUGGUUGAGUUCUUCUUGCAUAGCCAGUAUCCAUUCAGAGUCAAGUAGGGCUUCUUCAAUUUUCUUGGGUUCAAUUUGGGAGAUGAAGCAUGAGAAUAGUGCUUCUCUUUGAAUUGCUGAUCUGGUACGAACCCCUGUAUUGAUAUUUCCAAUGAUUUGGUGAGGAGGGUGUUUGCUUAACCAUCUAACAUCAGAUGUGGUUGUUUUGGAUAGAAUUUGUUGGUCAUCCUCCUCUUCAUCUUCACUAUCCUCUGGUAGAAUAGUAUGUUUAGGAAUAUCAUAAGUGCCCGGAAGGUUGUCUGUUGGUGAGUCACCUGUUGGCAGUGGUCCAUCUUCGGAGGCAACUGCUGGCAGUGGAUUGCCUUUUGAGGUAACUGCUGGCAGUGGUCUGCCUUUGGAGGCAACUGCUGGCAGUUGACUGUCAUUUUCUUCUUCCAAGAUCCUUUCUUCUGCUUGAAUAUCUUUGUGGGGAAGGCAGAUUAGGGCCUUUUCAGUAUCCUCCUUUGAUUUGGAUGACUCACCUUCAUCUUUCAUUUGAGCAGUGGGGUGGUUUUUAAAAACCACAUGGACGGAUUCUUCUACCACCAGAGUUCUUUUGUUGAGGAUUCGGAAAGCCUUGCUAGUUGCUGAGUAGCCCAGGAAGAUCCCCUCAUCAGAUUUGGGAUCAAAUGGAUUGAGAUAGUCCUUUCCAUUAUUUAGGAUAAAACAUUUGGACCCAAACACAUGGAAAUGACUAACAUUUGGCUUCCUUUCUUUCCAUAACUCAUAUGGUGUCUUUUUGUGAGUCUUAUGAAUAAGACUUCUAUUCUGGGUGUAGCAAACAGUGUUGAUUGCUUCAGCCCAAAAUCUUUUGGGUAAUCCAGUUGCUUCUAGGAUUGUUCUUUCAGCUUCUUUGAGUGUUCUAUUCCUUCUUUCAGCAACACCAUUUUGUUGAGGUGUUCUUGCUGCUGAGGUUUGGUGAUGGAUUCCAUUUUCUUCACAGUACUGAAUUAUGACUGAGUUGAGAAAUUCAGUACCUCUAUCUAACCGGAUCUUCUGAAUUGAGAGACUUUUCUCAUUCUGGAUUAGUUUCAUCAAUUCAGGGAGUUUCUUCUCUGUUUCAUUCUUCUUCUUUAAGAAUAUGGUCCAAGUGUAUCUAGAAUAAUCAUCAACUACCACCAGGGUGUACCUUCUACCACUUAAACUUGUUGGUUCUACUGGUCCAAACAAGUCUAGGUGUAGUAGUUUUAAGGGUCUAGUUGAUGAUUGCAUCUCUUUUGAUUUGAAUGAUACCUUGGUUUGUUUUCUUUUUUGACAAGCAUCACAGAGAUAGUCCUUCUUUAAAUUGAUUUCCGGAAGUCCUUUCACCAAACCUUUUCUGGACAGUUUGUUGAUUGUUUUGAAGUUGAGAUGGCUUAAUUUGUUGUGCCAUUCCCAACUUAAAUUUGAAUCUGCCUUGGUCACCAAGCAGAUCCCUUCCUUUGCUGAGUUCCAAUCAACUACAUACAUGUCCUUCCUUCUUCUUCCAGAGAGCACAACUUUAUCAUUUUUGACAUCUCUAAUCAAGCAGAUGUCUUUGGAGAAUGUAACAUUAUAGCUAUUGUCAUAGAGUUGGCUUGUGCUUAUGAGAUUGAACUUUAAUCCUUUAACAUAAGAUAUGUUUUGGAUUAUGUCCAUUGAUUGAUAGAUCUCCAGCUCCUUUGGUUUCUCCUUGUUUUUCCAAAUUCCCAAAUGUCACUUUGGGGCAUUCCCUUGCUGUAUAGUUUGACACGAGCCGCCUGCUGCCUGUCAUGUGUCUGGAGCAGCCUGAAUCUAUGUACCAUGUUUGUGUUUCAGCUGUUCCAGCACCUUCCUGUAUAGAUUAAUGUUGGGCAGUAGCCCACAAGUUAGUGGGCGACUUCCCUUGUACAAGUUUAGGCAUCCAUGCCCAUCUAGAACCAUUGAGUUCCAAGUAGAUUGGUCUAUAGCCAUUUGGGGUGUUGUAAUCAAAGGGAAUGGCUAUAUAUUUGUUAAUCCUUUUCCUUUUUGAAGUAGGAAUUGGAUUAUUAGUUUGAGGAGUCUGCUUGGCAUUUUGGCUGUGAUUGGUCUUAUUGAUUGGUUGCCAACGGGUUCUUGGGUUUAGAUGGUUAGGGGGUGUUGAUUUAUACAGGAGUUUGGAUUUUGGUUUGGGAGCAGGAUGGUUCCUUCUUGUGGGAAUGUUUGGGGAGUGGGUUUUUUUGUAGAUUAGCUUUCUUGAGUUUGGUUGGUGGCUAGUAGAUGGACAGUUUAAAGUGGGUCUUGUAGGAGAUGAAUAACCGAGACCUCUUCUUUUCCUAUUUGGAAUAACUUCAGCACUAGGAUGAAAGUUUUUACUAUUCGUGCUGGAGUUUUUCAGCUCUUUGUUCUCCUUUUCUAAGACAUCAUUUUUGCUUAAGGCAUCAAGUAGUUUAGUGUGAAUGGCCUUAAUGUCUUGUUUCAAUCUAUUAUUUUUAGCGUUUAAGAGAACAUGGUGAGUUUGGACUUUCUGGAAAUCUUGUAACAAAGAUUCCAGAGUGAUAUUGUUUGGUCCAGAAUCACUAGAGCUAUAGGAAGAGCAGGAUGUUACCUCAACAUCAUUGUAUUCGUCUUUGGCUGUUUUCUUCAGCCACCUGCCAGGAUCCCAGGCAUAGAAGUGCUUCCUCUGAGCUUUCAGAUGAAGAGCUUUCAUCACUUGAGCUGCUUUCAUCUUCAGAUUGGGGUUCCUCCUUUCUCUUUUCACUUACAAAGGCUUGCCUCUUGCCUUUGAAGUCCUUUUUGUAACCAGCUUUGGGACCAGUCCCCUGCUACCCUUGAUACUUCUUGGCUAAGGGCAAAAAGCAUUCAUUUUUGUAAUGUCCUGGUUGUCUACAGUUGUAGCACAGGACAGUUUCCUCGCUGGUUUGAGGUCUCCCUUGUUUCCUGGGUGGUAGAUCCAAAAUUUCUGAAUUAUCUGACAAAUCCUCUCAAGGCUCAAAAUCUCCUGAAACUUCCUUUUCUGAAACUCAUAAAAAGAAAAAUUGUUUUGAAAAGAAAAGGAACUUAUCUUCUGCUCCACAUACAGGAAAAGUUUUCUCAAAAUCCAAUGCAGGAAGGAUGACCUGGGUUCCGAAGAAGAAGUCAAGCGAGGAUACAAGACCUGAGCACUCGAAGAAGAUUUCUAAAAUCUUUAAUUUUGUUGAAAAGUCUUGUAAUAGAUUUAGAAAUUGUUUUCGUUUUCAUUCUCCAUCUAGUUCCAUUAGUUCUUGAUGGUCCCGGAUAGGGUAAAAGUCUAGAGGGGGGUGAAUAGACUUUUAAAUCUUUUUCGAUUUUACAAAGUUUUCCCUUUAUAAGAGUUGAUCUAUAAUCUUUUGAGAGAUUAAUAGAUGCACAACGGAAGUCUUUACCCUGAGUGUUUAAUCACUUUCUGACUUGGAGAAGUUUGGACUUAAAUAGCUAGCAGUUGGCUUGGCAGUUGGCUUAGCAGUGGGCUAGGUAGCAGGGAACUGUUGAGACAACUGCUAGAUAGAUAUGGACUAUAGGAUCCGAAUAAUUGUUCUCCUAAGUGUUUACAACAAUUCUUGAAAUAUUACACGAAAGUUCUAACCUCCAACUAGGAACUAAACUUCUAAGAUUUAGGAAUGGGUAGCUUAUGAACUGAAAGUUUAGUGAAGCAUGAGUCCAAGCAGAGACUAAAGUUUAGAACAACACUUUCUCUUUUGCUAGAUAGCUCGUGAAUGCUCGAAGGAUAUUUCUCUACUUAGGAUGCUCAAAGCUUGAUUAGAAACUCUCGUUUCAGUCUCUAUUUAUAGGCUUUUUGGCUGAUCAAUCUUAUCCGUUGGUUAGGAUAGAUUGAUCUCUUCCGUUGAAUAACCGGCAGGAACGAAGUGUACAUUUGGCUUCUUGUGCUGGGGCUUUUAAUGUGGCUGAUUUCUUUGUCUUGAAUCAUUGAGCCGCUGAGGUAUCUUUUCGGAAAAAUAGUCCCAUGAGCGUAUGAGUGUAGGCCCUUGUACUUGAUCCAACAUUCAAUACUAGUCAAAUAUUGUCUCUCAAUUAUAUAAACUCAUUGUAAAAAAAUGUGACAUCUAAAUAAUUUUUGAGUUAAAUAGUAUUUGCUGGUAGGAUUCAAAUAUCCUAUUUAAGGUAAAUAAAAUUUACCUUAUUACAUUUUUAUCUUUCCGAUAAUAUUUCUUUAGUCUCAAAAAUUGUGCAUUAAUUUUUGUCACAUAAUGCUAAUAAAAUUCAAACUAAAUAUACGCGUGCUAAGUAUAGUGACAUCAUCAAAAUCUUAUCAAAAUUGGGUACUAACAGUUCUGUUACUUUUAGAUCUCCUAAGCUUUCUUCAUCUUCUCACUCUCACUAUGUGGAUUCUAUUUUAAGUGACUAUUUUGAGCAUGAUCAAUUGAAUUCUUCUCCUUUUUCAAAACAUGAUGUGUGUGAUGUGAAUGCAAAUGAUGAUAGUGUUGCUUUCUCUUCAUAUAAUGGUGUAUGUCUGAAUUAUCCUCUCAAGGUAUAUUCUGUCAAACAUCUUAAAAGAUUAGAAAGAGAGAAAGUCUUCAUAAAUUCUAAAACAUCACACUCACAAUUUCAGAACUAUCCAAACAAAUUUCAUAAAAUCAAGCAAGUCUGGGUUCCUAAAAGUGAUCAAAUUAAAACUGAUUCAAUUCUUUCUUCACAUAAAAAGGAUGGACCCGUCCUUAAAUGGGUACCUAAGGUUACUUAAUUUUGCAGGUCAGUCAUGUGUGGUACUUAGCUUUAGGUUGCUCCACACACAUGACUGGAAAGAAAGAGCUGUUGAGCAACUACGUUGACAAGUUUGGAGGAAAAGUGAGAUUCGGAAACAGUGACUCUGCUCCAAUUCUUGGGUUUGGAGAUAUUUGCAACAGCAGGGUCACUAUCAAAAACGUUUCUUAUGUUGCUGGGUUGACACACAACUUGUUUAGCAUCGGUCAAUUUUGUGACAAGGGCAUGAAAGUCAUUUUCCAAGCUAACAAGUGUUGUGUGAAGGAUGAACAAGGAGACACCAUUCUGAGAUGUAAACGCAAAUCUGGUCUAUACACCAUUGUGCUAAAAACCCUAUUCCCUGGAACCAAUGUUUGCCUGCUGUCAAGAGCGUCCUCUGAGCUUAAUCAACUGUGGCAUAAGAGGAUGUCUCAUCUGAACUACCGGGAUCUACAUACAUUAUUAUCAAAGAAGCUCGUUACUGGACUGCCAGCACUACAAAGCAAAAGUGAUCAUUUGUGCGAUUCUUGCGCACUUGGAAAAAUGAAAAGAGCUUCUCAUAAGGCUAAAAUGACAACAUCUACUACACAUCCUCUUGAACUACUUCACAUGGAUCUUUGUGGGCCCAUGUGUACACAAAGUAUCAAUGAAAAGAAAUAUGUACUGGUGAUAGUAGAUGACUACUCAAGAAACACUUGGAUCCGGUUUUUACGCUCUAAAGACGAGACAACAGACAUCAUCAUCACAUUUAUUCGUACUACUCAAAAUCAUCUCCAGGCAACCAUCCUCUUCAUUCGAUCUGACAAUGGUACUGAGUUCAAGAAUCAAAAACUCAGUGAAUUCUAUGGGACACUUGGAACCAUUCAGCCAUUCUCUGCAGCAAAGACCCCACAACAAAACGGGGUGGUUGAAAGAAAGAACAGAACUCUUGUUGAAGCUGCAAGAACCAUGCUGAUCCAUUCCAAUCUUCCACAUUUUCUCUGGGCGGAAGCUAUCAACACUGCUUGCUUUACUCAGAACAGGACGUCAAUUCACAAAAGGUUUGGAAAACCACAAUAUGAGCUGAUCAACCGUCGAACUCCCAAUGUCUCUUUUCUAAGAGUUUUUGGAUGCAAGUGCUUUGAAGCUAACGAUAGGGAAGAUCGUAGCAAGUUUGAUCUGAAAGCUUUUGAAAGCGUGUUUAUUGGCUACUCCUCUUCAUCCAAAGCUUACCGAGUGUUAAUCAGAGACAAAAAGAAGGUCAUCGAGAGCAUCAAUGUGACCUUUGACGAGAAGGAAGAACAUGCUUCUGGACACAUCAGUUCAGAACCCGAUAUCACUGGUGUUCUAGCACAACUACCCGCCUCAUCUCCCUCACCUGAUUCCAACACCGUGGAUCUCGAUCAUCUGUUUGACCAAAUAUACGAGAAUCCACAACCACAUGAUCCAUCUCCUUCAUCUGUUACUGCAACCUCAGCCGCAACUUCUACUCCUACAUCGACUCAAUCAUCUUCUACAACCACUGCUGAGACUGAAACCACCACUGGAACUACAACACCCGAUCCUACAUCUUCAUCUGUUUCUCAUGCUGAUAAUCCUUAUGUUGAUCAGCAACCCAACAAUAAUGCUCAGCCACUCCCUCAUGUUAGAAAAUGGACACGUGCUCAUCCACCUGAUCUCAUACUUGGAAAUCCUUCAAGUGGAGUGUGCACACGAUCUGCUACCGAGAAUGAAUGUCUGUUUUCCUUUUUUCUAAGUCAAACUGAGCCUACUCAUGUCACCGAAGCGUUAGCUGAUCCUGAUUGGAUAAUCGCCAUGCAAGAAGAAAUCAAUCAGUUUGAGAGACUGAAAGUCUGGUCACUUGUGCCUCGGCCCCCUGGAAAAUCAAUAAUAGGCACUAAGUGGAUCUUCAAGAACAAGAAGGAUGAAGACGGGAUCGUGAUUCGCAACAAGGCCCGAUUAGUUGCAAAAGGAUACAAUCAACAAGAAGGCAUCGAUUACAAUGAGACGUUCGCUCCAGUUGCACGCAUAGAAGCCAUUCGACUGUUCAUGGCUUAUGCUUCACACAAAAACUUCACCAUCUAUCAAAUGGACAUCAAAACAGCAUUCUUGAACGGGAUCUUGAAAGAAGAAGUUUAUGUGGAUCAACCAGAAGGGUUCAUCAGUGAGAAAUAUCCAGAUCAUGUUUAUCGUCUGGAUAAAGCUUUGUAUCGACUCAAACAAGCCCCAAGAGUUUGGUAUGAGAUAUUAUCUGAUUUCCUGGUUGAUUCUGGUUUUUCAAAAGGAACAAUUGACACCACUCUUUUCAUUAAGCGUCAUGGGUCUGACAUCAGCCUGGUUCAGAUCUACGUUGACGACAUCAGUUUUGGUUCCACUGAUCCGGCACUAUGCACUGCAUUUGGAAGUCUGAUGCAAUCAAAGUUCGAAAUGAGCAUGAUGGGCGAAAUGAAUUUCUUUCUUGGACUACAAGUUAAACAAUUGCCUGACGGUAUCUUCAUCCACCAGUCCAAGUACAUUCAUGAUUUGCUGAAAAGAUAUGGUCUAGAGAACAGCACCCCUGUGAAAACCCCGAUGACUCAUGCCUGUAAGCUUGAUACUGACCCAUCGGGAAAGCCUGUUGAUGUUACUGCCUAUAGGGGAAUGAUUGGUUCUUUGCUGUAUUUGACCUCGAGCCGACCUGAUAUUAUGUUUGGUACUUGUCUUUGUGCUCGCUUUCAAGCAAAUCCUAAGGAAUCCCAUUUGCUUGCUAUGAAAAGAAUUCUUCAUUAUCUGAAAGGAACUCCUAAUCUAGGACUCUAGUAUCCUAAGGAGACUACAUUUGAUCUGAUUGCAAUCACUGACGCAGAUUUCGCUGGAUGUAAAAUGGAUAGAAAGAGUACUUCUGGUAGUGCUCAAUUUCAUGGAGAAAAGCUGGUCUGUUGGUCCUCAAAGAAGCAAAAUUGCGUGUCUACAUCUACAGUAGAGGGUGAAUAUGUUGCUGCUGCUAGCUGUUGUUCACAAGUUCUAUGGAUGAGGACUCAACUGUGUGACUUUGGAUUUUAUUUUAACCACAUUCCGAUUUACAGCGACUCAAAUAGUGCGAUUGCUAUCUCAUGCAACCAUGUUCAUCAUUCUCGCACUAAGCACAUUGACCUAAGAUUCCACUUCAUCAAAGAUCAUAUUGAAAAAGAUCAUGUGGAUCUAUACUUUGUGUGCACUAAGCUUCAAUUGGCUGAUUUGUUUACAAAAGCUCUGGACGAGAAAAGAUUUCAGUUCCUGGUCUCUAAACUGGGAAUGCUGGAUUUGGAAAUUUAAAUACCGUGCACAAGUUUAGGGGGAGUUUUUAUUUUUUGUGUCAUGUCAAUUUUAAUUUUUAUUAAGUCAGUUUCUUGGUCUGUCAGUCUGUUUCCCUAAAAUGUGCAAGCAUUGAGGGGGAGCAAAAUUAGUUUGGUCUGAGUGCUACAGUUGAGGGGGAGUAAUUUUAUUUUUAGUAUCCGCAAUUUUUUCAUAAAUUAGAAAAUCACAAAAAUAUUUUUCUUUUUUAUUUGAGUCAGUUUUUGAUUUUUAGUCUGUCAAAUUGAGUCAGUUUCCAAAAAUCAGAAAAAGCCAAAAAGAUUUUACUUUUCCUUUUCCGCGGGUACUUAAGUCUAGAAUCGGUAGAAACCAUCUUCUUCUUCAUUCUCUCUCUCACAAUUUCGGCCUAUAGCACUCAAGAGUUCCUCCUUCAAAGUUGCAUCAUCUCCAGUCGUCUUCUCAAAACUCUCAAGGUUAUUCCUUCUUAAUAGUUUGCAUGUUGGUAUUCUUUUUGUUUUGCAGGUUUUAAUCGAAGGACGACGACGAGGAAACCGGUCCCAACCUCCGGAACCCAUCCUCGCCGCCGUCAACCAUCGCCGUCACCCAUCGCCGACAACCAUUGCCCAUCAAGCUAUUUCAUCUUCCCCUGUUUCUCAAACUCCAUAGCCAAAAAGCUUUCAUAAUCUCGCACCCUUCGAAUUCUAAGAUUUUGAGUCCUUCGAAAUUCUAGAUCAGAAAUCUCAAAUCUCGAAACACGGAACCAGUCGAAAUCCCUUCCCAAGAAAUCCCUUCGAGAUUCGCCUAUCCGAAAUCUAACCUAACAGGGCUCCGAAAUCCUUAAGCCCAAAACCCGAAUUCCUCAUUCUCGAAAUCUUUAGCCUUGCAGAAGCCCGAAAUCUUAUCUACCGAUAUCCCUUUCGAAAUCACUAAAAACCGGGCCUCCGAAAUCCCAUCCUAGAUUCCCUUUCCGAAAUUCCACUUAGACCCCUCCGGAAUCUUACCCCCGAAAUCAUAUUCCCGAAAUCAUAUUCUCUUACGCCUAUCCGAAAUACCAAGCCCCCGAGAUCUUCUCCCGAAAUCCCUUUCACCCGAAAUCCAUAAAGCCCAUUUUACAUUACCCUUAACCAAUCAUCCAAGCCCAAAACCCAUUCUUUUACUAAUCUCUGUUUAAUUGUGCAGCUCAGGAAAUGGCUUUGUUAUCUGAGGAGGAAGUUUAUCGAAAGGAUAGUUGGAUUGAGAUCAAGGACAACAAUUUUCUAAUAGACCCCACUACUUUCAAAUGUCAAGACAAGGUGGUGGUCUCCAUUCUCAAAGGGCACCCACUGUGGCAAGCGCACAUCAUAUCUGCCAAAGUGCCCAAGAUCUACUUGCGACAAUUCUGGGGCACCUUCACCUCUACAGAAAACACUCCAAUCCCCACUUUUCAAGCCCAAAUAGCCAACACCACCGUCCAUAUCACCCAUGAUACCAUCCGUACCCUCCUACAUCUACCCAUAACCACAUCAUACGAUCCAUUCCCUGCUGAUAAAGACCUACUCAACGACAUUCUGAAGGUUGGCCACCCAUCUCCUUUGACCCAAUUCUCUGAAUUCUACGGCAACCUUCUACCCCGACCAUGGAGAACUCUUUUCUACAUCCUCAAUCAAUGCCUCUCUCCGAAACAAUCUGGUCAUGAUCGCUGCAACGUUCACUUUCUCAAGCUGGUCCACGGAGUGAUAUUUUCAAAGAAUUAUGAUUGGGCGCAGCUGAUCUGGAUGGAACUCCUCGAACAACUCAAAAUAAGGAGAUCCAACAGCAAAACCAAGUACAUCCCUUAUGUACGUUGGUUCUCAAUUUUCAUCGAUCAUUUCAUGAAGGAGAACUCCACCAUUCCACAAAGACCAGAAGCAGAGUUGCUUGAACUUCCGAUGAUGAAGUAUCUAAAGAACACUGAGGAUAAAGUUCAAACGCAACCAAUGACCAUUCCUGAUGCUCUACUCAACCUUGUUGCUCCAAAUGAUCCACACAUUGCUGAAUACAAGGUUAGUAUCUCUUCUAUCCCUACGACGCAGUCAAACCCCACUGUGUCUACCCAAGGGACUUCAAAGCCGAGUGGAAGUAAGGGUCCGAGAGUGACUAAACUAAAGAAGAGGGCAUGUGAGACUCAGUCCGAGAGAGCUGAUGUCUCCUCCUCUAAUGCUUUAAAUGUUGUUACAUCAAUCCCAGUCACUGAAAUACACCGAACUCAGCCCAUAGGUACAGGUUCUGACAUUGUCAGUUCCCGAGUAGAAGUCGCUACAUCGAGUUCAAUAGUGCAAAAUGAGCCAAGCCAAAACUACUCGACUGUCUCCCAACAGAUGGUCGUUUCAACCCAAAUAGGGGAACCCUACAGUGAACCGCCCCACACUGCUACCCAAUGCACGACAGGUCAUGUGUCCACAUUCCCAGAUUUUUUAUCAUUUUCUAGGACACUACCUUAUACAUCUGCACACACUGAUACAGGCUCAUUACCACCUGUCAUAACCACCAGAGGUACGCCAAUGAUGGUUGGAAGUGCUGCCACACUCUACUCCCCAGCAGGCCAUGGCACCGCUAUUUUUAGUGAUGCUGUGAGAACUGAUACUACUUUUAGGUCAGGAUUCGCCCCAUUCUCUAGUUAUUCAAAUUUUAGGGAGGAUCUACGGUCUGAACUUCAAGCGUUCAAGAAAUCACUUCUUCAAGAACUGCGUCCUGUAGUCCCAACAGGCGUAGCAGGCCAAAGAUCACACCCAACUCCCUUCAUAAGAAAUCUUCCAUCCACCAUUACACCCACAACCAUUAUAUUUACAUCCACUCCAUCUACCUCUCACCCUGACCCAAUUCACAUGAACAUCUUUGAUAUAUCCGAGUUUUAUCUCCACAAACUCUUAUGUGAACCAAACCUCCCUCCACAUCUCAAACAAGUCCGUGAUAUCCUAUCCCUCACCCCACCUUACAUCCCAUCCACCUCUUGCCGUGAUCAAGAUCACUUGCCUAAGCGUAAGCAUGAUGACACUGAUGAUUCGGAUCAUCAUGAGGGGGAGAAAGGGCAACGUACUUGUGAGCAAACCACCUCCACCUCUAUCAUUCCUUUUACCAUUUGCUCUGAACAAUUAACAUCUUCUCAGCCAGAACCUUCAUCCUCGACCGCACCCAAUGACUCACUAACCUUAACCGUUUAUCACCCUUCCGAGCCCAUUAUUACUGACCCAGGACUUUGUGUCCUCUCGAGAACUUCUAUAGUCUCAUCCUACAUGGAUGAUGACCAAGGAUGAGAAGGAAGUCCUAACAAUGCACCAUCGAUAUCACCAUUGUCUUCAGGCCAUCAGAAUGAGCUAGUCUCUAGUAUGAUGAAAACAGUAAGUCUGAGUGACUCCGGUGUUACAUUUCCCACAUCUGUCCCUCCGGUUUCCAUAGCACAAGUUCCUCAGAUUGAAAAGCCUAGAGCUACUCGAGCUAUUCCCACUCCAACAAGUUCCCAAACUGAUCGACCAUCAUCAUCCAGAAAGAAAGCUUCAAAGACAAAAGAAAGUGAGUUCAAAGAAAAAGCUGUUGAUCUGAUAUUGCUAGAAUGGAUCGAAGACAACGAGAAAGAUGAACUUUAGAAGCUGAACAACACAGAUUCUCUUGAUAGGUUGAACUUCAUUCGAGAAAUCAAGAAAACAGUUGUUGAAAUAUUAAUGGAACUUGAUGAUGAAGAAUAUGCUCAAGGAGAAUACUAUGAUGAUCCUCUCACUGAUUUUCAUAUAGUCAAAGAUCUAAUCAAGAGACGCCCUGGUGAUUCAAAUAUUGAAAACUGGUUUGGAACACCUAGGGAAAACGUCAAGAUCAUCGUGCCAUAUCAAGAAGAUCUGCGACCAAGAAUCUGGAGAAGUGAGAAAGCUAUCAAAACGAUUGACGAGCUUAAGUUGAGGGGACUUGAGCACUUGAAAGGAACAGAUGCCUCCGGUCACCUUUGGAUGCAAAGGAAUAUGUCUGCUGAUCAGAAUGAUCCAUACGGUCACAGAAAGAGAUUGGUUAAGCAUACUGAUUCGCCGAUCAUUGCUAUAAAAGCCGUAGAGAUUCAGCAUAUUGCAAAAGAAACUUUCUAUCCAAUCUAUGAGUUUGAAAGGAAAAUGGACAUGAUUCAAAGAGCAUCAGAAGCGGAUCUGUACUACAUCACUGAAGAAGAUCUUAUUCAGUUAUUCUACUACUACAGAUUUGUCAAGUUCACAUCUCAAAAAGACAAAGAUCUAGGGCUGAAUGCACUCAAGAGAUUCAUGAUGCGACAAGUCAAAUAUUACAGUCUUUUUUAUCUACAAAUGGCCAUUGAGAGCAGUCAAACAAAGGUGAACAUGACUGGUCCGAGAAAUAGAGCUGAUUGGAUCGAGAAUCUUGAAGAAGGCACCAUCGUAACAGAACCAGAGAUAGGCCUGAUCUACAAAGAUUACAAAGGCAUAAAGUGAGGUCUACUCAUGAGCGAAAUUCACAAAUACUGCGAUGGUACACUCAGAAUAAUUGAAGACCAUCUGGAAGAAGCUGCACAGAAGCUACUCAAUUCAGAAGAUCCAGAUAACCCGACUCAAAUUGCACUCAUUACAGAUUUUUAAAAAGCCAUAGAACUUAGACUUCAAUUCAGAAGAGAUCUCAGACAUUAUGAAGUCAUUCUUGGCUAUCGGAAGUCAUUGUACAAGACUCAGAGAUAAAAGGCGCUUCAUCGACAUUUGAACACAAAGGGGGAGAAUGUUAGAAUAUUAUUUUAUUGUGUUCAACUUAAUUAAUGAGUCUUUGUAUUUAAUUAGAUUAGCUGAGAGAGAAAUAGGCCAAUUUAAUCUAGCUCUAAUAAGCCCACACGCCUAAGUUGUAUGUUUCCUGAAUAGAUUAGGCAGUUCGGAUAUCCCUCCUAUAAAUACAGGUAGGGAUGGCCGAAUCUGCUCUCUAAGUCUCUACAAGUUCUAUUCCGCAUAUUAUUCUCUGUAGAGCCAGUAGAUUAGAAUUUCUCUCUCUAGCUUGUUUGUUCGAGUACUGUGUAAUUGUUCUUCAUGGAUUCCUCAUUCUAUAUACACGGUAUACGUUAUUGGUGAGAUUUCUCUUCUACUGUUUUAAAUUCUUCCAAUUAAUAUUAGAUUAUUCGACUGAUGAAAUUUGGGCAUACUUCACACACAAAGGUUGACACUUUUCUCUUCAUUUUGGGGGGGUGCCUCGUUAAAAACCUCAUUAGAAAAAACCCUGUGGGAAAAAAUUCUAAUGAGGGAAAAAGAGUGCACCGAAUUCCCCCAAUGAUGAAUCAAAAAGGUGAAGCCUUGGUCUGAAAUGGAUGACAGUGUUGUUGCCGAAGGCUAUCCUGGUCUGAGGGCACGUGUGUUGAUUCGCCGAAGGUGCUUUGUUGAUAUCCAGGGAGAUGUGGAAGGGGAGUCCCUCAGUCUAUGGGAUUGAGGGCAUGGUGAAUGUAGGCGAUGGUUCCUGUGUGCCGAGGAGGGUUCCCUAGCUCUUGAUAAGUUGGAGGAUGAGGGCUCCCGAGGGGUCCCGUAAUUGUAUCGAGGGGCCCAACUGUUGAUGAAGGUGUGACCCCCGGAGGGUUCCCUGGUUCUCAACAUGUUGAGGACUAUGGGUUCCUGAGGGGUUCACCCGUUGUGUAGCCGAGUGCUCCCCUUGAUGAGGGAGCCUGAAGGAGCAAGCUCGAAGGCGUGCAUAAUGUUGUCUGAGAGGUGCCAGCUGGAAUAUGACCGUUGGGGAUCGCUGUCCACGUGGCGUGUAGUUGUUGGCUACUGCGGGCGGGCGUCACCGGUUAGCCCAACCGACGGUUUGUAAUGAUGAUUAUGGGAGCUGGGGGCAGGAUUUUGGCCCAAGCCCGGAUUUUGGGGGCCUAUAAAUACCCAAGGCCAACGCCAUUUCCUCUUGUGCGUUUUUAACUGUUAGCGAAGCUCUGGCGAAUUUUUUCUAGAGAGAGAGACUUCCCCUCGGUCAAAUCUCCAGCUCACAAGGUCAGUUCUUGAUCAAUUCUCUGUUGCCUUCAGUACACUUUGCUUGUUUGGUGGGUUCAUCUUUCGUAGCCUUAAGCUAAGCGAUAGAGUUCCUUAGGUAGCCUUUUGUUGUAGAACCCCUCGUCUUUAAGUCUCAAAAAAUGUCUUCGCAAAGCGAUUCCCAAAAUAUUUCGAGGGAGCCCUCGAUUGAGGAGGAGAACAUCUCGGAUGUUGAAUCUGCCAGUGGGCAGCCCUCGGAGAAUGGCGACUCCGCUUUUGCUGUGGAGGUCUAGAAGGAGUUGGUGGCGGAAGCGGAAGCCGAAUAAUUCAAACAAGUGUGCGAGGACGAAGAGAUGACCCUCACCUUCCAAGUUGUCGUAGAUGAGGAGGAGAAGGAGAUCAUGAAGGUCACCAUUGCUGUUCCUCCCCCCGGAAUGAUGAUGAAACCGGGAGCUCUAGGCCCCUCAACCUGAUGCCUCUCAGGGUGGCCCCCGGGAAGAACAAUAAGAAGAAGGUGGGAGUCUCCAAGAAGAAGGGGAGAGUCGUAGAUGCAGGGAAGCCAGUCGACCUACCGGAGGGGUACUCCUAUUUGAACACUGAUGCGCUUGAGUUGAGGUCGAAGGCCGACAGGGCAGAGUGCUACGUUACCCAACUGCAUGUUGGGCCCUCGUCUAUUGUGGUGCUACCCGGACCUGACGACGUUCUCUCCCGGGCUCCCGAGGGAUGUAUUGAUGUUCACAUCCUCUCGGUGUCGAUGGGCCUUCGGUUCCCACUGCAUCCUUUCCUUCGGGAAUACAUCAGAUACGUCGGCCUUGUCCCCUGCCAACUUACACCCAAUAAUCACUCGUACAUAGCCGGCUUCUUGCAUCUGUGUCGGUCCCAGGGAGUGGCCCCCAGUUUGGAUCUAUUCUUCUAGAGUUUCAAUCUCUGUCAGGGAGGCCACGCGAAUGCCGAGGGCUUCGCGAACCUGCAGCAGAUAGCCCAGUGGAAGCUGUUCACCGAGGCGCCCUCCUCAAAUAAAGGCUGGAAGGAGCGGUGGUGCUAUGUCAGACUAGAUGAGAGCCCCUUCCCGAGAGAGUUGCGGGACCGUUUUAGGCGCCAUAAGAAGAUUAGAAGCGCCGCCCUCGAGAAAGAUGGCUUUAAGCUUGCCAAGAUCCCGAGGGGGCGCAAUAAGAACGUGACGAUCAAGGAGUGCACCCUCGAGAAGGAUCUGCGUCUUCUCGGAUUCCAGCGAUACCGUUUCCUGGGGGAGACAGACAAGACGUACCCCAUCUUUGAUGGAGCCCUCGAGGGAACAGGAGGUAGUUACUUUGAUUUCUGAUCGUGCUUUCUACCCUUCAGUCUAACUCUUUCUUGUUGUUUUGCAGGUGCUAAUAUGGACGCAAACACCCUCUUUGCUAUGAAGAAGAAGAAGGGCAAGGCCCAAGCCAAAAAGAAGGAUCCCUCGGGCCAGCAGCCCGUAUAUGUGUUCUUUCAGAAGGAGGUGGUGGAGCCCUCUGCCGAUGGUUCCACCGUUGAUGGGUCAGGGGUUCACAGGCCGAUGUGGCCACAAAGAAGAAGAGGGGUGGAAAGGGGGUUGAGCCCCCUGUCAAGAAGCAGAAAGUUGUCGUGGAUGUUGCUGAGAAGGCGGCCCGUGUCAAUGUAAGUUCGGUGAAUGAUGGUGUUAUUUAUUUCGCUUUGGAUCACCAAAGCAUCCCUGUGAGGAGAGGAAUCCGGGGGAGAUCAGCGUUGGUGAAUGUGAUGGGCUCCUCCCUCAGCCGCUUUACGGGGGACAUGUGAGUGACUUCCCCCACGUACAGUGAUUGAGCCCACUUCUUCCUUUGGCUGGGUGAGUCACCCCCUGUGUUGCCGCCGGUGAUCAUGAGGAUGUGGCGCUUCUUCUCUUGGUAAUGGGGGUACUCCUCCUCCCCCUCUUCCAGAUUCCCGAUCUCCCUCUUCUUACCGAGGGGGAUGGUGUUCGGAUUGACCCAAGCGUUUGCUUUCCUCGGAGGACCCUGGUGGGGAGGGGCCUGUUACUGAUGGCCUUGUACAAAUUGGGACAGAUGGCCCGCCUGAAUCAAUCUCUCAGUGGCCGACUUCAGCUGGUGGCAAUCAUUGAUUUUGUGCCCCUGGUGUCGAUGAAAGCAACAGUAGGGGUAAUUGGGGUUGAUGGCAUAGACAUCUGGGGGUGCGCGAGAGUCUCUCUCCAUGAGCCCCUUCUCCUCGGCGAAGUCGAGGAUGACGCUGACGGGGUGCGUCAAGGGUGUACGAGGGUGUUCUAGGAGGACAGGUUGCGCCCAAGUCUUUGGGUUAUUCUUGUAAUCUCCCCCGGGCUUGGCUUGACCGUGCCGGGGACGAUCGCCGGGAGGUGCCGGGCCUUUGGAUUGAUGUGAGGGAGCCCCCGGUUGUUCUUAUCGUCAGCCUUCGGGCGUUGCUGUUCGGGGUUUUGGUGGCAUUUCUCGACCUCCUCGGCCUCCGUAUACCGGUCCCUCCGCUGUAGGGCCCUUAUGUAAUCGCGAGGAGGUUCAAUGAUGAGGCUCCUCGAGAAGUUUAUGGUGUGGAGGACGGUUUGUAGGAGGGCCAGGAGGGUCCCAUCGUCGGUGCCUUCGGGUAAUCGGUUGAACCAUUCAUACGCCGGUCCCUCUAAGGUGGAGAGGAACCAAUGGCACAAAUAUUCAUCUGACGCCCCCACCAUCAUCAUGCUAUUUUGGUACCUGCUAUAAUGCUCCUGGGGGUCGGUCUUUCCUUCAUAGGGCCUUAUGGGUUGCCUUCGGUACUUUUCCGGGAUCUGGGCCGCCAAUACCCUUGGGGUAAAUGGCGUUAUAGUCCGGAGUUGGAUGAUGGGUUCCCCGAAGCCUUCGACAAUUCUCUUCUGCAUCUCCUCCAUUUUGGCCAGCAUGGCCUCAUAUUUUGGAUCUGCAUGAGGGGCGGAAACGGUGACGUGUGCUUUGGAGGCCUCUAUUUCGUCAAGCCGGCGUUGGAGGGCCGCGAUGAGUUCGUCCCUGGGAUCCUUCGGGAGGGCCUCCGCCCCCUGCGAACAGACGCGGGCCGAGUGGGCCUGGUUGAUUUGGUGACGGGCAUUGUCGGCAUGGAGUGGUGUCUUGCCUUUGUCCUGAGGGGGACGUCUUUCGUCUGCCCGAGAGACGGAUCCGCCACUUUCCUGAGGUCUUUGGAGCGCCUUUCCCCCUCGGCGGUCUUGCGCCCCUCCAAGCCUCUCGAGGGCGGAGGUCAAGGGCCUUUCCUUGUUUGCGCCGUGGCGGUCCCGGGACUGGACCUCCUGAGAGGCGGUAUCUUGGGGCACGACCCCUUCGUUGUUCCCAAUCCGAAGGAUAGGAUUUUCGAGGGGGUGUGGAGGAGGGGGAAGCAUGGCGUUCUCCCCGACCUGAGGUUGAAGCGGAACCAGAGUGCCUAAGGCACCCGGAUUCUGAGUGAGAGUUUGGAUGAACGCGGAGAACGCCGACUGUACGUCGAUGGUGAGGACCGGAGGGCUGACUUUGUUUUCGCUCCGCUCCUUCUUUUUGGCCUCGAUUUCCUAACAGUAGUAUCAGAGCUAAACUGAUUCUAAUGACAUUAUACGAAUUUGACAGAAUUUUCGUACGUAAAAUAUUUUUUCAGAUAUUUGAUCAGAAUUAGAUAAUUUUUGUUUUAGAACCAUCAGAUAUACUCUUAUGAGGUUUUGGCUUAGUCCCUCUCACUCUUUGUAUUGUUUGGUUGAUUGGUUAUAAAAACCGGUAAACGUUCUCCAGAGUUUGGCCCACCGAUUUUGGUGGUUUGCCUACCGGGUUACAAAGAAAAAAAAAGGUCUGUUUUUAGAAAUUAAAAUCUGGAAGAUCUCUCGUGUUCUUUAGCUUUUGGAUCUGCAACGAUGGUGAGCUACGCAAACUUCACGGCAUGAAGAUCCAAAAAUCUUGGAUUAGUUUUAAUCGAUCUGGAGCUUUAACGGAUCUUUGGUUCGCUGCAACCACCUAAUGAAGGACGCUGGAUAUUUUGAUAUUCGGAAUUUCGGACUUUCUAAUGUUUUAGUUUUGGAUAUUUUGUUUUUUUGGGGCAUUUUUGAAAUUCUCCAAAUUUUAAAAGAAAGAAAAUUGUCGCUGAAUGGUACGGAGUAUUUAACUAGUUAGUACUUCGUAGAGACUCUUUCGUCAUCCGGAUAAAACCAAAUCGAGUUAUUGGUUUUAAUCAUAAUAAUUAUUAGGAAAAGUUGACAAGAAUAAUCGCACCUUUCGCCGGUCUUCUCAUAAUAAUCCCACUUUUAGAUAAUCCCGGAAUAAUCUGACUUUUGCACCCCAUUUUCUUUCAUUGGACCAUGACCAUGUUUUUUACCUUUCUUUGAAAAUCUUAUAUAAAUAAUCUCACAUUUAUAAACAUGUAAUAGAAAAGUGAAAGGUGAGAUUAUUUAUAUGAUUUUCAAAAAAAGAGUAAAAAUAAUGGUCAGGGUCCAAUGAAAGAAGACGGGGUGCAAAGGUGGGAUUAUUCCGGGAUUAUCUAAAGGUGGGAUUAUUAUGAGAAGACCGGCGAAAUGUGGGAUUAUUCUUGUCAAUUUUUCCUAAUUAUUAUUAAGCAUGCUUUUACUUUAAUUGUUAAUUGUACUAUUUAUAAAUUGCAUUUAUAUUGCAUGCUUUAAUUGAUCUGUCUGAGUUAGAUCUCAUCAACAUAUUAUUUGAUAAUAUGUUUUAGCAUCUUGAUUAAGUAAUUUAAUACCCCGCUAAAUGUUCCCCAUAAAUUAAAAUUUAAGUCUUACCUAGGAUAACGACAUCACCCAUCAUAAUUAAAUUAGUAGAAAUAUUUUUUCGUUGAAGAAUAUUUUACCCAAGUGUUUAUUUCAUUCGACAAAAUAUAGAACUAAUUUAUAGAUACAUAUGUUUGUGAUCGUGUGAUGGUUUUGACUUACUUAAAUUAGCUCGAGUCGCCCAAGCGUCAGUGUUAAUUUAGGCAUGUCGAUCAAUUUGAAAAUUGAUCAACAAGAAUUGCUUGGACGCAAUUGGUCUAGAGACCUACCCAUUAUAUUAUUGUAGUGAUCAGCCCAAGCUGGGACUGUAAUAUUACUGAUGGAUAGUGUACCCGGGUGGUAGCUUAUCUGAGGGUUUAUUACUGAGAAUAACUAGAGAGAAGUCAGAGUAAAUAAGUAAGAGAGAGAGUAUGUAUUCGAUAUGAAUUCAGCGUGUUCAAGUUGUGUCUUACAACGGGGAAAAGGGGGUGCUAUUUAUAGUAGUAAUAAAUGCUAGAGAGGGACACGUGUCAAGCAUCCAACGGCCGAGGGCCACGUCAAUCGGAGUGGAACCGGCACUUGCAUGUGGCCGCAUUAAAUGCAGCGGUUGGAUGUGACGUUGUAAUUGGUACAGUGAUCCAGGCGCAUGUGGAGAGGAGAUUAUGUCAGGUAGAUGCCUUCGACUGUAGAUGAUAAGCCGGAGGCUCUUCAUACCGGGGGCCUCUCAGUGCCGAGGGCUCUAAGUGCCAAAGGCUACUGAUUUCGCCGUUUUUCUCCCAGUAGCUUCGUAUGCCCAAAACCAGCUGUCAUGUGAGAUUUCGAGCCUUCGUCCUAGGGGGCUGAAGGCAUCCAUAUGUGCAACGUGAGUUCCUUGAUAUUUGGGGCGCUGUGAUUUGGGCAUGUUAUACUUCCUGGGCUUGUUGGGCCGGUGUUUAGAGUAGCAGGGCAGUCUCUCAGUCCCUCACAUUUUGGGUUUUGAGGGGCUGUGUUGAUAUUUUUUAGGGAAGGUUUUAACACUGUGAUUUAAGACUUUGUGAUUUUCCCGAAGGGAUCCUCCAGUCCCCCCACUCCCUGAAGCACAUGUAAUGUGGUAAAAAGGAGUAGAGUAGUGCCUAUUUUUAUCUUAGGGCCGAAGGCUGACGUUUUUCAUUUCAUUUUGGGAGGAUGCCUCGUUAAAAACCUCAUUAGGAAAAACCCUGUGGGAAAAAUCCUAAUGAGGGAAAAAGAGUGCACUGAAUUCCCCGAAUGAUGAAUCGAAAAGGUGAACCCUUGGUCUGAGAUGAAGGACAAUGUUGAUGUCGAGAGGUGUCCGUGAGUUGAGGGUCUUUCUUCUGGUUUAGCCGAAGGCUGAUUGUUGAUAUCCCGGGGAUGCCGAGGGGAGUCCCUCAAUCAUUGGGGCUGAGGGUGUGCUGACAUAAGUGAUAGUUCCUGUGUUGCCGAGGGGGGUUCCCUAGCUCUUGAUAAGUUGGAGGCUGAGGGCUCCUGGGGAGUCCCGUUAUCUUUAUGCCGGAGGCUAACCAUUGAUGAGAAGGUGUGAUCGUGGGGGUUUCCUGGCUCUCAAUACGUUGACUCCUAUUGCAAUGUCAGAGGCUCCCUUUGAUGAGGGAUCCGAAAGGGUUAGCCCGAGGGCAUUCCGAAUACUGUCUGAGGGGUUUCAGAUGAGGGUGCCUUAGUCUGCGAAGAAGAGCCAUUGGGAUAUGACCGUUGGAAUAUGACCGUUGGAGGUGGCUGACCACGUGGCAUGUAGCUGUUGGCUGGUUUCGGGCGGGCGUCACCGGUUGGGUGAAACGACGGUACGUAAUGAUGACUUUGGUGACUGGGGCCCCGGCUAUCGGCCCAAGCCCGGAUUGGGGAGGCUAUAAAUAUCCCAUGGCUAGGGCCAUUCCCCCUUACACAUCCUUGUUGUAACGAAGCGCUGGCAAAAAUUUUCUAAAGAGAGAAACUCCCCUUCGAUCCAAACCAAGCUCCCGAGGUCAGUCCUUCUUUUGUUCUUCGCUCCAGCUACAUACUUAGAUUUAGUGUUAGGGUUUUUUUAGGAAGCCCCUUGUUGUAGAACCCUUCGACCUCUUCUACACAAGAAUGUCUUCGCAAAGCGACUCUUAGGACAUCUCGAGGGAGCCUUCGGUUGAAGCCGAGAGUAUCUCAGACGUGGAGUCUUCCAGCGGGCAGCCCUCGGUAAGUGGUGAUUCCGCCAUUGCUAUGGAGGUGCAGAAGGAUCUCGUCGCCGAGGCCGAGGCCGAGGAGUUCGAGCAAGUAGUUGAAGACAAGGAGCUCGCCUUCGCGAUGCAGACCGCUGAGGAAGAGGAAGAGAAGGAGAGGCAAAAGGUCACCGUCGCCAUCCUCCCCCCUCGUGAUGUUGGUGAGGCAAGUUUCUCUCGACCGUUGAACUCGAUCCCUCUCCGGGUUGCCCCAGAAAGAAGAGCAAGAAGAAGACGGGGGCUCCCAAGAAGAAAGGCAGUGUUGCAGACCAAGGGAGGCCCGUCGGUAUACAGGAGGGGUACUCAUGGUUGAAUACCACCGCCCUGGAGAUGACGUCGAGACCUGACAGGGCGGAGUGCUACGUGACGCAGCUGCAUGUGGAACCCUCGGCGACGGUGGUGGAGCCGGGGCCAAAUGACGUGCUAUCCCGGGCUUCCGAGGGGUGUUUCGCAGUGCAUGUGCUCUCAAUCUCCAUGGGCCUUCGAUUCCCUCUACAUCCGUUCCUCCUUGAGUAUCUGAGGUACGUUGGCCUGGCCCCCUGCCAACUCACCCCAAACGGUCACUCUUAUAUCACCGGCUUCUUGGAACUCUGCCAUUCCCGGGGGCAACACCCAGCCUCGAGCUAGUCUUUCAGAGCUUCAACCUUUGCCGGGGGGUCAUGUAAAUUUUGAAGGGUUCGCAAACCUGCAGCAACUUGCCCCGUGGAGGCUAUCUGAUGAUGUGCUGUCGUCCCAUAAGUGUUGGAGGGAUCGUUUUUGCUAUAUCAGGAUGGCGGAAAACCCAUUUCCGGGGGAGCUGCGGAACUACUUCAGACGGCAUCCGAAGGUGGAGGAUUUCUGCGUUUGAGAAAGAGGGAAAAAGGAUCGCUGCUAUACCGGAGGGCCGAGAGAAGCAUACGACGAUCAAGGAGCUGACCGUCGAUGAUAAUUUGUAUGACCUCAGCUUCCGGCGCUACUGCUUUCUGGGGGAAAACGACAAGAAGUACCCCAUUCUCGAACGAGCCUUCGAAGGCACUGGAGGUAGUCCCCGGACCCUUCGAUCUGACCCCUUCUUUUUGUUUUGCAGGUGCUAACAUGGAUGUGAACUCCCUCUUCGCCAUGAAGAAGCAAAAAGGGAAGUCCAAGAAAACAAAGGAGUCGACUAUCCAGAAAGCGGUCGAUACCUUCUACAGGAAGGAUGGGGAGGAGCCCUCCCAGGCUGUGGCUGGUGAUGGAGCCAGGGACUUGAAGAAGAAGAGGGCCGGGAAGGAGACCUCUCCCCCGGCCAUAAAACAUAGGGCUACCGCCUCCGGCAAGCAGCCGGCUUCUGAUGAGGUGAUUGUUGUGGACGAAGCCGGCGGCUCCAUUCCUGUUACUAAAGCAAAGGUGAUGCUCUUUCAAUUGCAAUGGUGCCUAGAAUAAAAGAAGAGGAAUAUGCUAUAGCCUAUAAACUAGAGAGUAGCUGGGGGUGUCCCCAGAACUGCCUGAACUUAGUAUGCCGUCUUUUGAAACAAGAAAGCAAGUCGGUAAAUGUGAUAAGAGUGACUCAUGUAAUCAAAGUAAUCCAUAAGUAGUCAUGCAUCGAAACGUCUUCUCGAAUGUAAAUCUGAAUAAUAGAUAGAUUAUAUACAAGCGUCUGAGGAUGCAAUAGACUAGGCAGUUUGGAAUGUUCUAAAAAAAUCAGAGAGCAAGGCCACUAAGAAACAAAUGGUUAGUCAUAGAAAAAUUGCUUUCCCAAUACACAUAUACUUAAUGUGUGUUUUGGAUAAGUGCAAUCCCUCCUGCAUAUGUCCAUCAAACCCCAAAGGUAAGAGCAGGAAGAAGAUAAAUGGCAAAAUCCAAUCUACAAUUACAAAUGGAAACAUGGAACUUAGGCAUUAGAUAGAUCAUAACCCGGGAGGGGAAGAGAACACAAAACCUCGAUUUUUUCUGUAAGAAUAGAACGAUAAUCCAACUUGGCAUCAUGAGGUUUGCUCGAAAAGACACUAGCCUAGCUAGCUAACCUUUGACAGAAGCAAUGGGGAAACAAAAACUAGCAAUGCAUAGAUAGCACUAGUUAGUAUGUAUAUGCAUACACAAAAGACUCCUCAAAAGCAAAACAUCCUCCGGUUAUCAAUACAUGAUAAAAUGGCCGGGUGCAUCUCUGACCUUGUUUGCGAUUAUGGGUGCAGACAAAAUCUAUUGUGGUGCUGGGUUUUUAGACAGCUGGAGAAGACGAAGACACUCGACUUAGCAGGGCACCGGCGCGGCCUCUAUGGGAGAAGGGAGAUUUACUUAAUAGUACAAAAACAUGGCUUUUUCCCCAAAAUAGGACCAUAUAGUUUAAACAUUCUUAAAUAGGACUUUUUAUGUGUGAUUGGGCCAAAAUACCCCCACUGCUGCCCAUGGACUGCUGCCUGCUGCCAGCCGCCAGACCUACGGCCACCGCAGCCGGCCGCCGUCGCCGUAAAAUUCCCAAAAAAAAAUCUGGCAGACUAACAGAUUCUGCCGCUGCCGCCACACACUGUUGCCGUUAUUUAAAACAUGUGUAUUGUCUACUUAUUGUCUAUUUAUUGUCUAUUUAAUGUCUUUUAUUUAGGUCAAUUUAAUAAUCUGCCGCCGUCGCCGGAAUCCGCCGCCACUGCCGCCACCAAUGCCGUCACCAUCGGACUGCCCCGCCACCGACGGACUGCCUUGGUUGUGCAAGAAAACUAGGGGGGCAAUUAAUUGAGUUAAUUAGUUAAUUAAUUCAAUUAGGGGUAAAAAUGGAAUGGUUAGUACUAUUUAGGGAAAACCAAACAUUGAAUCCUAUUUUUGAAAAAAGCCUAUGUCUUUGUCUUAGCCAUGGCAAUUUUCUCGUGAGAGAAUGCUCGUUCCGACUGGAGAGUGUUUCGUGGAGUGCAAGAAAAAGAGUGAGUAUUGCCAGUCAACUCUGUAUGCUAAAUUAAAUGGAAAAAGUUGUUUAUAUACCUAAUUUGUAGAUGUA